ACGUCUCCCCAGUUCAUAUUUGUGCUCUGUCAUUCUAUUCUUCUAUUGGAAGAGAAAAACAAUUCUUUUUAUUAUUAAUUAUUUAUUACGAUAUCUAAAAAAACAAAAUAGUUAACCAAAAUGAGCGUACGUGUGAUUAACGAUGAUGCACACUUCCAUUCUGAGUUAGCAGCUGCCGGUAUAAAACUAAUUGUUGUUGACUUUACUGCAAGCUGGUGCGGUCCUUGCCAACGUAUUGCUCCACAAUUUGAAAUGCUGCCCAAUAAGUAUCCAAAAGCAAUUUUCUUAAAAGUCGAUGUUGACAAAUGCCCAGAAACUGCGGCGAGCCAGGGUGUAAGUGCAAUGCCCACAUUCAUAUUUUAUAGAAAUAGGACAAAAAUCGAUAGAAUUCAGGGAGCAGACAUAAAUGCAUUGGAACAAAAGAUUCAAGAGCAUAUUGGAUCAGGUGGAGAUGAAACCGGCGAGGACUAUGGACAAGGUUUGAUGGAAAUUAACACAUUCAUUUCAAAACAAGAAUGUGAAUGUCUAAAUGAGUCUGAUGAUCAUCCUAUGAACCAUUGUCUGGUCGCAAAUGGUGGUUAUCUGCAAUCUGAUUGUGACGAACAAUUAAUCUUAUCUGUAACAUUCAACCAAUUGGUGAAAAUUCAUUCCCUGAAAUUCAAAGCACCACCUCAGCUAGGCCCCAAGGAAAUUAAAAUUUUUAUCAAUCAACCGCGUACAAUAGAUUUUGAUCAAGCGGAAUCAAUGACCAGUGUCCAGGACCUAACUUUGGAUCCCAAAGACUUGGAAAAGGGCACACCCGUCAAUCUACGUUUCGUAAAGUUCCAAAAUGUACAAAAUAUCCAAAUCUUUGUUAAGAAUAAUCAGUCAGGAGGCGAAGUUACUCAGUUGGAUUACCUGGGAUUCAUAGGCUCCCCUAUUUUGACUACUAAAAUGAAUGAUUUCAAGCGUGUGACUGGCAAAAAGGGAGAAAGUCAUUAAAGGAUGCAUAUUAAUUUAUUAGCAUUUUCUUACUUAAAAACAAAAGCAUAUUAGCAAUAGAGGAAUACAAAACUAUGUAAUAAAAAUUCACCAAA